AUGGUAUACGUAGUUGGCGAACUUUCUAAAGAAAGUGGUAAAAGCAAUGAAGAUGGUUAUAGUGUGACCAGGAAACCUGAUAAAGAUAACCCCGAUGUUGUUUUGGAAAAACGACCCAGUAUUAUCACGAGCGUUUCUAGUGGUCGUCUUGCUAGGGCAUUUAAGCAGUACAUCUGUCAGUCAGUUGUUCUCCGGCUUCCACAAACUGCUGUUACUAUGAAUGCAGUUCUAACAACCAUCGUUUUAAGCACCAUCAUUUUCAUAUUCCUCUCCUGGUUUAUACGACAUUAUGGACCGGGGUCAAAUUAUCGAUGUGGCAAAAUACUACCACCUCGUCCACCUGUCCUGCCCAUCAUCGGAAACCUACACAUGAUAUGGAGUCGAAACGGUUGGCAGGAUUUGAAGAACAUUGCCAACAGAUACGGCAACGUGUAUAGACUACAGCUAGGCACAAAAGAAGUGGUUGUGUUGAAUGGUUAUGAUGCAAUUAAGCAAGCUCUGCUGAGACAGAACGAGAGUUUCAAUGAAAGACCCGUCAACAUUCAGGCAGAGUUUCUGGGCAACCAGGGGAGAGGAGUAGGCCACGCUGGAGGUAUACACUGGCGGGAACAUAGAAAGUUUACUAACGUCUUAAUCCAUGAGUUUGGUUGGGGAAAACCAGAGGACUUUCACAAGUUAAUUCAAACAGAGGUAAAAUGUGUGAUGAAGGAAUUGAUUGAUACGAAAAAGGGUGAAUCCUGUGAUCCAAGCAUUCUCUACCAUCAUGCUGUCUACAACAUCCAGUGUCAAUUUAUUUUUGGUAAAAGAUUCGACUAUAAUGACAAAAAGGCUAUACAAUUUUUUGACGCAUUAAGAGGAUUUGCCUUGGAUACCAACCCAGCUGUCGUGAUGACCAUUUUCCCCUUAUUAGCAAAAAUCCCACUUGGAAGCACUAAACGAUUACUAAGCCAUGUAUUCGUAGCACGCACUUUUAUCAGAGGUCAAAUUGAGAACAAACUCGCGCUGCGGAAGAAACUUGGAAACACUUACAAACCAGCCAGGAAAAACUAUAUCGACUGCUACUUGGAUGAGAUUGAAGCGAGACGUGAUCAGCCCGAGUUGGAGUUCAGCAAUGACUCUUUAAUAUUAUCCAUACUCGACAUCUUUUUCGGCAACCAGGCACUAGGCGAUGUGCUCGCAUGGACAACAUUAAUGAUGGUGUCUCACCCAGAAGUGCAGAAGAAGGUACAAACAGAACUUGAUCGUGUAAUUGGUCCUGAUAGACAUUUAGAUGUAAAUGACAAAUAUAACCUCCAUUACCUAAAUGCAGUUCUAUUUGAGUCUAUUCGCAUUCGCCCCAUCUCACCAUUCGGUAUCCCUCGUAUAACCAAUGAAGACACAUCAAUCUGCGGUUUCUUUAUUCCAAAGAAAACUUAUGUAGUGCCAAACUUGUGGUCCGUGCAAGGUGACGGAAAAUACUGGCCCAAUCCAAUGAAGUUCGACCCUGAGAGAAAUCUGGAUAAUAAUGGAGUUUUCACUCCACAAAGCCGUGUUCACUUGUUAUUUGGAAUAGGUCCACGUACCUGUUUUGGUCAAAAGUUAGCCAAUAUGGAAAUGCUUAUUUUCUUUGAAAACUUACUGCAGCGUUACAAUAUCCAUCUCAUCAAGGACGCUGACAUCAAGCAUGCCAUUGGUGGACAUCUCAAACUACAGAGCAUUGUGAAAAUUUGUAAUUUUGCUAAUAACACUGUCAGUAAUAUGGUAGUUGGCGAACAUUCUGAUGAAAGUGGUAAAAUCAAUGAAGAUGGUUAUAGUGUGACCAGUAAACCUGAAUAA